AGAGCAAGCACUCCUCGUCGCGCGAAGGCAAAGGGCAAGCGCGCGACGCGUGUGGGCCUUCGACGCGCCGGCGCGCCGCGGCGCACCGAUGCAGCGCACGGCGCCGCCGUGCGGCGCGGCGGCCGUCGCGCUCCGCGCCCCCAUGGCGCUGUGCGUGCUCUUCGCGCUGCUCGGCGGCGCGGGCCGCGCGCCGCCGCCCGGCGCGCCCGCGGCCGACGCGCGACGCGCGACUCCAGCGCGCGCCGGCGCGCCGCUCCGCGUCGACCUCGAGCGGCGGCCGCGGGCGGCGCGGCGGCGCGCGACGGGCGACAACGACCUCGUGCUCACGGACUACUUCAACAACCAGUACGUCGGGCAGAUCAGCAUCGGCACGCCGGCCCAGCAGCUCAGCGUCGUCUUCGACACGGGCAGCAGCGACCUGUGGAUCCCCGGCCGCGGCUGCAACGAGUGCGGCCACCACGCGACGUUCGACUACACGGCGUCGUCGACGUACGAGCCGCUGCUGGACAAGAACGGCGACCUGAGCAAGUUCGAGGUCGACUACGGGAGCGGCAAGGUCACGGGCUACCAGGCCAAGGACAGCGUGCACCUCGGGUCCCUGGAGCUCGACGACGUCGCCUUUGGGGAGGUCGUCUACGAGGACCGCGACAUCCAGUCGUUCAUGAUGGACGGCAUCGCGGGGCUGGCGUUUCGCGGGCUCUCCAUGGUGACGAAGCCGACGCUGCUCGAGCUGCUGCACGAGCAGCACCCGGACGUGCCCUACCUGUUUAGCCUGUACCUGAGCAACGACCCCGACGACGCGGAUCGCCCGUCGCACCUCACGUUCGGCGACUACGACCUGGGCAUCGUCGGCGACAACGCGACGUGGCACUACACGCCCGUCAUCAAGCGGGGCUUCGGCGACUUCAAGUACUGGACCGUGAAGAUGACGGGCAUGGCCGUCGUGAGCACCGACGACGCGUCGGAGCUCGACCUCUGCCCCUCGGGCUGCUACGCGAUCGUCGACAGCGGCACGUCGGGCAUCGCCGUGCCCGAGGAGUCCUACGACGCUCUGGUCGCCGCCGUCACGAAGGGGCUCAACUGCCGCGACAUCACCUGCUACUACGCGAAGUCCGCGGACUUUCCCGCGCUGACGUUCAAGCUGAGCCCGGACAACGAGUUCCCCAUGCACGCGGCGGACUACGUGUCCUGCAGCCGCUGGGGCGAGUGCGUCAUCAAGUUCCAGAAGUCGUCGGGGUCGUCCUACUGGAUUUUAGGCGACGUGUUCAUGGAGGCGUACUACACGCUCUACGACGUCGACAAUUUACGGGUGGGCUUCGCGUGCGCGGGCGACUGCAACGGCGGCACCUGGCACGGCAAGGGCGGCUACGUCGAGGUCGACGAGGUCUCGACCUGGGCCCAGCUGCUAUUGUGCUUCGCGGCGCUGUCCGUCGUGUCCAUCCUCGCGUACGUCGCGUUCUUGUACGCGCGGCUGACCUGCGGCGGCCGCGUCGCGCGCGCGUGCCUCCGGACGAAGGACGAGUACCGGCGGGAACGCGGGCUGCGGACCGCGUAAGGGCCCAGUUUUCG